UUCCGCGCGCCUCCCGCCGGUUGGUGCGCGGGGGGAGCGGGCGGCGCCGCCGCCGCCAUGGCCGAGUGCUCGGGCCUGCAGUUCGUCAGCCCCUACGCGUUCGAGGCCAUGCAGAAGGUGGACGUGGUGCGCCUGGCCGCCCUGAGCGACCCCGAGCUGCGGCUGCUGCUGCCCUGCUUGGUGCGCAUGGCGCUGUGCGCCCCCGCCGACCAGAGCCAGAGCUGGGCGCAGGACAAGAAGCUCAUCCUGCGGCUCCUCUCGGGCGUGGAGGCGGUGAACUCCAUCGUGGCCUUGCUCUCCGUGGACUUCCACGCCCUGGAGCAGGACGCCAGCAAAGAGCAGCAGCUCCGGCACAAGCUCGGAGGAGGCAGCGGAGAAAGCGUCUUGGUGUCGCAGCUGCAGCACGGGCUGACGCUGGAGUUCGAGCACAGCGAUUCGCCUCGGCGGCUUCGGCUCGUGCUCAGCGAAUUACUGGCGAUUAUGAACAAGGUGUCGGAAUCAAAUGGUGAGUUUUUUCUCAAGUCUUCUGAGCUCUUCGAGAGUCCUGUUUAUCUGGAGGAGGCAGCAGAUGUUCUCUGCAUUUUGCAAGCAGAGCUGCCGUCGCUGUUGCCGAUAGUUGAUGUGGCCGAAGCUCUGUUGCACGUUAAGAACGGAGCCUGGUUCCUCUGCCUGCUGGUGGCCAACGUUCCCGACAGCUUUAACGAGGUCUGUAGGGGUUUGAUUAAGAACGGUGAGCGGCAGGAUGAGGAGAGUGUUGGAGGCCGUCGGAGAACAGAAGCUCUUCGCCACCUGUGUAAAAUGAACCCUUCUCAAGCUCUGAGGGUCCGAGGCAUGGUGGUGGAAGAGUGUCAUCUGCCAGGACUUGGUGUGGCUUUGACCUUGGAUCACACCAAAAAUGAAUCUUCAGAUGAUGGAGUGAGUGACCUGGUGUGUUUUGUGAGUGGUUUGCUGCUUGGAACAAAUGCAAAGGUUCGAACUUGGUUUGGAACUUUUAUCCGGAAUGGCCAACAGAGAAAAAGAGAUAAUAUCAGUUCUGUGCUUUGGCAAAUGAGGAGGCAGCUGCUCCUGGAGCUCAUGGGAAUCCUUCCCACGGUUCGCAGCACACACAUUGUUGAAGAAGCAGAUGUCGAUACGGAGCCAAACGUGUCCGUGUAUUCAGGACUGAAGGAAGAGCACGUCGUGAAAGCCAGCGCAUUGUUACGUCUCUAUUGCGCUUUGAUGGGAAUUGCUGGGCUGAAGCCGACGGAUGAAGAAGCCGAGCAGCUCCUGCAGCUGAUGACCAGCCGGCCCCCCGCAACUCCAGCUGGCGUUCGCUUUGUGUCCCUUUCCUUCUGCAUGCUCCUGGCCUUCUCCACGCUCGUCAGCACCCCAGAGCAGGAGCAACUGAUGGUAAUGUGGCUCAGCUGGAUGAUAAAGGAAGAAGCUUACUUUGAAAGCAUUUCUGGCGUGUCAGCUUCUUUCGGAGAGAUGCUUCUCCUGGUAGCCAUGUAUUUCCACAGCAAUCAGCUCAGCGCUAUCAUCGAUUUGGUCUGUUCCACUCUGGGAAUGAAGAUUGUUAUUAAGCCCAGCUCGCUCAGCAGAAUGAAGACAAUCUUCACGCAGGAGAUUUUCACUGAACAGGUUGUUACGGCCCACGCGGUUCGUGUGCCCGUCACGGGCAAUCUCAGUGCCAACAUCACUGGGUUUUUACCUAUUCACUGCAUUUACCAGCUGUUAAAAAGUCGAUCAUUCACCAAGCACAAAGUCUCCAUUAAGGACUGGAUCUAUCGGCAGCUCUGUGAAACCACCACCCCGCUCCAUCCUCAGUUGCUUCCUCUUAUUGAUGUCUAUAUCAACUCCAUUCUCAAUCCUGCAACUAAAUCCAACCCAGAGGCCACAAAUCAGCCUGUCACGGAACAGGAGAUACUGAAUGUUUUUCAAGGACUCUCUGGGGGGGAAAAUACUCGUCUUGGUCAACGAUACAGCAUCACAACGCAAUUGCUUGUCCUCUACUAUGUGCUGUCGUACGAAGAAGCACUUCUGGCAAACACAAAGAUCCUGGCUGGUAUGCAGAAAAAACCCAAGUCUUACUCCUCAGCAUUGAUGGACCAGAUCCCGAUCAAGUACCUGAUCCGGCAGGCGCAGGGGCUGCAGCAGGAGCUGGGAGGUUUGCAUUCCGCACUGCUGCGCCUUCUUGCAACCAACUACCCACACCUCUGCAUCGUGGACGACUGGAUCUGUGAGGAACAGAUCACGGGCACCGAUGCCUUGUUGAGGAGGAUGCUGCUUACAAACAUCGCCAAGAAUCACUCUCCCAAACAGCUCCAGGAAGCGUUUUCCAUGCUGCCUGGAAAUCACACCCAGCUGAUGCAGAUCUUAGAGCAUUUAACGCUUCUCUCAGCCGGCGAAUUGAUCCCAUAUGCAGAAGUAUUGACAUCAAAUAUGAAUCUCCUGCUGAAUGCUGGAAUCCCUCGGAGGAUUCUUCAAACCAUCAAUAAACUUUGGAUGGUUCUUAACACCGUCAUGCCGAGAAGGUUGUGGGUGAUGACUGUUAACGCUCUGCAGCCCUCAGGGAAAAUAGUCCGACAGCAGAAAUACACUCAGAUUGAUCUGAUGAUCGAUCCUCUGAUUGUACUGAGAUGUGAUCCCAGAGUUCACAGGAGUCCUCCUCUGAUGGAUAUAACCUUACAUAUGUUGAAUGGGUAUCUUCUUGCUUCCAAAGCUUACCUCAAUUCUCACCUAAAAGAAACAGCGGAGCAGGACAUUAGACCGUCACAAAACAACACGAUGGGUCCAGAGGCCCCAGAAGUUACCAGGGAAGAAUUAAAAAAUGCAUUGCUUGCUGCUCAGGACAGUGCUGCUGUGCAGAUUCUUCUCGAGAUCUGCUUACCUACAGAAGACGAGAAAGCCCAGAGCAGCAACCCCCACAGUUUGCUGAAGAGCGUUUGUGGUGCCACGGGCCCCAAGAGCCCCGAGCCAGAAGAAGAAGAUAGUUUGCUGUGCAACCUUCGCGAGGUCCAGUGUCUGAUCUGCUGUCUGCUGCAUCAGAUGUACAUCGCUGAUCCCAACAUAGUCAAACUCGUUCAUUUCCAGGGUUACCCAUGUGAGCUGCUGGCACUGACGGUGGCGGGGAUCCCGUCCAUGCACAUCUGUCUGGAUUUCAUACCCGAGCUCAUUGCCCAGCCCGAGCUUGAAAAACAGAUAUUUGCCAUCCAGUUACUCUCAUUUUUGUGUAUCCAGUACGCGCUGCCCAAAUCUCUGAGCGUGGCUCGUUUAGCGAUCAAUGUGAUGGGAACCCUGCUCACAGUUUUAACCCAGUCGAAGCGCUAUGCGUUUUUUAUGCCGACCCUGCCUUGUUUGGUGUCCUUCUGCCAAGCCUUUCCUCCUCUCUAUGAGGAUAUUAUGUCUCUGCUGAUACAAAUAGGACAAGUUUGUGCCUCUGAUGUUGCUACGCAGACAAGAGACUUCGACCCGAUUAUUACACGGCUCCAGCAACUCAAGGAGAAACCACAUGAGCUGUCAGGACUCUGUACCGAUUCACUUAACAAAAGUUACUCAAGGGACGUCACAUGCUUGGACCCUGAUGUUCGGUUGUGCCAAUGUGUUGAAAAUACAAUCAUUGAAAUAAUUAACAUGAGCGUAAGUGGAGUUUAGGAAGAACACACAAUUGUACUGUAGCUUGUCCCAUGGUCUGUGGUGCUUAAAAUUUGGAGAAAGCUGCAAAAGUGGAUUGAGGAACUGGAGCACAAGACGUCCGUGUUUUUCAAAAUUCAAUUCAGUUAUGUCUGAAAAGAAAACAAUUAUUUAAAGAGGCUUAUGUUGCUUCCAGUGAAAAGUUUUGAGUCUGAUAUCAGGGGUUGGUAAAUAAUUUCCAGUGUAACUGAGCAUCACUUUCAGGCUCGUUCAGUUUCUGAAGUGAUACAGCAACACACUUGAAAGGGUUUUAUAACACCCUGAAAGUAGUGGAUGCGUCAUUUGUUGAGCAAACAGCAAAACAAUAGGUAGGAAGAAGUGAAUAUUCACCUGCUUUUCUGAAGUUAAAUGAGCUCUUGUUCAGGGCCUUGCAGAGCAAGAUGGAAUAAAAUAUUCCAAGGAAGACUUGAAAAAUGGCAUAACUUGCACCAUGACACACAGCCAGCCUUCAUGAAAAAUACGAAACCGGUCUAAAAGUUGAUUAAAAGAGAAGUACUGCUGCCAAAAUGAGCUGUAUUUAUGUGAUUUUUAGAGAAUAUGCAUUUGUAGUGCAGCUCAGGUGGUUUAGUUUAAAAGAGAUGAGGAAGACUUCAAGAAGUGCGUAGGUAUCUUAAGAUAUCAUUAGGAUAAGAUUAAAAAAAAGGAAAUCGGUGUUGGGAGUGACGGUGACAGAAGCUGAAUUGCCCUGUAAUGAAAGGAACGAUGGAUUUCAGCCGUACCAAAGUGGUUUCAUGCAGCUUGGAGGACAGGAAGGCUGAAUCCUUUGUGCUUCGUGCCUGAAGCUGCUGGUUCUGCCAUACAAACGCUGCAGGAUUUAGCCUCGACAGAUGUGUUUUGUGGCUUUGCAGAAGGGGUGCAAUAUUUGGGAGCUUCUUGAAGGUUGCACAAGCUCUUUUUGGAGGCAGCACGUGUUUUUGUGACAGAAAAUUAAAGUUUGGCUGUUGUGCCAGAAUUGGGUACAGUACUUCGACAUACAUGAACUGCUAAACUAGUCAAUCCAGCACUGGCUGUUUCCUUAAACGAUGGCAUCCGGGGUCCUUAAAUCAGUGAUUUUUUUUUGCAAUUAAGACCAAUUUUUAUUCUAGAAAUAAUGGUCUGAUUCUUUGGUGUGGCCCUGAGGGAGUUUUGUGUAGUUUGGCUUCUGCUCCUGCAGGACAGCGAUGGGGGAAGCCCCACAAACACUCAGGUUUGCACUCCAGCACUGUAACCAUCUCAUAACAAAUAUCGUUUUUGUCAUCUUGAUGUAAAGUAUGUAAAUAAUCCAAAUGUAUGUAUUUUUUUUUUCCUUCUUUUCUGAGUGUAAUUUUAUAUGCUGUAGUGGUAUUUAAAUAAAAAAAAAUAGUGUAUGAUUUGGAUCAA